AGAAAUCUUGGAAGUUGUAGUUUCAGGGCUCGAGACGCGCAGGCGCUGUUCUCCGCGGGGCCCGGACGUUCCUUCGAGCCUUUGUUUCGUGGGUCAGCUCUGCAGCGCAGGGCCUUUGAUUGCUGCAGGAGCCCGGGCUGAGAUCGGCGACCGAGCCACUCCACAAGUGCCAGCAGAAGGUUCCUCCAGGGGAGACGGGCUCCUGGGAUGCUGGUCCGGCCAGCUGGACCUUGUGCGGGCCUAGUGAAGGCCAAGGAGCCUCAACAGUGACUUAGAGGAAAGGAAGUGUGCUUGGGACACCAGCAUCCCUCGGAGGGGGCUCCCGCUGCCGGACACAGGCUGAUGGGAAAGGCAGCUCUCCAUCUUGCCUUUGGAGUAAAGCCAGAGCAUCCCGCGAGGCCGAGGUGAUCAUGGAGAACCUGGCCCAAGUGGUUGGGAGAGCUCUCCCUUCUCAAGACUCUGCCCUUCCCCAAGAAAGGGUCCCGGAGCAGGAGGAAGGAAUGACCUCUGAUCUCCUGUCGGAUGGAAUCCAGGAAUCAGUAACAUUUAAGGAUGUGGCUGUAGACUUUACUCAAGAAGAAUGGAUACAACUGGACCCAGCACAGAGAAACCUGUACAGGGAUGUGAUGCUGGAGAACUAUAAGAACUUUGUCUCCUUGGGGUUUCCCAUCUUUAAACCAGAUGUGAUAUCCCAGCUGGAGCGGGGGGAAGGACCAUGGACACCAGAGACAGAAGUCUCACAAGUCAUUUGUCCAGAUUCCAUUAUUCAGAAGACAAGGUGUGAAGACUUAGACUGGAUUCAAAAGCAGGACAUUUCUCUGGGAGAAUCAUCUAGAGAGAUAAUUAGAAAGAAUUAUCCCUGGUCUUCUGAGUUGGGAGGAGCAUGGGAAUGUGAUGUCAGGCUAGAGAAGCAGAAGGGCAACUGGAAUAGACAAUCCAAGGAAGUUAUGAUGUUUCAUGCAAAAACUGAUGAUGAGUUGAAUAUUAAUGAAUGUAAUACAUUUGGAAGAAGGUUUAGUCUAGCAUCAAUCAUUGUUCCACCACAAAGAGUUCCAAUAGGGAAAAUUCUCCAUAAAUAUGAUGCACUUAAUAAGAACUUCAAACAGUUUUCAGAGCUUAAUAAACAUAAUAGAAUGCCCUAUUCUGUUUGUAAAUAUAAUAAAUGCAGGAAGCCCUUCACUUACCACUCAGACCUUAUUCAGUAUCAUAGAAUACAUACUGUAGAAAGACCAUUUGAAUGUAACGAAUGUGGAAAAUCUUUCACCAAUAAUUCAAUCCUUAGAAACCACCAGAGAAUUCAUACUGGAGAGAAACCUUAUAACUGUAAUGAAUGCGGUAAAGCCUUCAACCAGAGAGGUCACCUUACUGAACAUCGGAGAAUUCAUACUGGAGAGAAGCCCUAUAUCUGUAAUGAAUGUGGGAAAGCCUUUAGUAACAAUUCAAUACUUAGGAGUCACCAGAGAAUUCAUACCGGAGAGAAACCCUACAAAUGUAACGAAUGCGGGAAAACCUUCAACCAGAGGGGACAUCUUAAUGAACACCAGAGAAUUCAUACUGGAGAAAAGCCUUUUGAAUGUGCUGAAUGUGGGAAAGCUUUUAGUCAUAGAGUAUAUCUUACUUUACAUCAGAGAAUUCAUACUGGAGAAAAACCCUAUAAAUGUAAUGAAUGUGGGAAAGCUUUUAGCCAGAGGGGACAUCUUACUGAACAUCAGAGAAUUCAUACUGGAGAAAAGCCCUAUAUCUGUAAUGAAUGUGGAAAAGCCUUCAGCAACAACUCAAUUCUUAGGAAUCAUCAAAGAAUUCAUUCUGGUGAACGACCUUAUAAAUGUAGUGAAUGUGGAAAAACCUUCAACCAGACAAGACAUCUUAUUCAACAUCAGAGAAUUCAUACUGGUGAGAAACCCUUUGCGUGCACUGAAUGUGGAAAAGCUUUCAGUCAUAGAGUCUACCUUACUUUACAUCAAAGAACUCAUACCGGAGAGAAACCCUAUAAGUGUAAUGAAUGUGGAAAAACUUUUAGCCAGAGAGGGCAUCAUACUGAGCAUCAGAGAGUUCAUACUGGAGAGAAACCCUACAUCUGUAAUGAAUGUGGCAAGGCCUUCAGCAAUAACUCAAUCCUUAAGAAUCAUCAGAGAAUUCAUACUGGAGAAAAACCUUAUAACUGUAAUCAUUGUGAAAAAGCAUUCAAACAAAAGAGGCACCUUACUGACCAUCAGAGAGUUCAUACUGGAGAAAAAUUUUUAAAACGUUUGGAAAGAGGGAAAGCUUUAAGCCAUAAGGCCAGGCUUGCUCUACAACGAAUUCAUGCUGGUGAGAAACCCUUUGAAUUUAAUGAAUGUGGAAAUACUAUUAACCAGAAUUUGAACCUUACUUUACAUCCAAUGAUUGAUAGUGGGGAGAAAACCUUUGAACAUAAUGAAUCUGGGAAAGUAUUAUUUCAGAAAGGACACCUUGUUGAACAUCAGAAGAGCCAUACUGGAGAGAAACUCUUUGAGUGUAAUGAGUGUGGUAAAAAUUUCAACAAAAGUCUCCUUUUGAUUGAACAUCAGAGAAUUCAUACUGGAGAGAAAUCAUUUCCAUGUAAUAUAUGUGGAAAAGACUUCAGCCAGAAGGGUCACCUUACUGAACAUAAGAGAAUUCACACUGGAGAGAAGCUCUUUGAAUGCAGUGUGUGUAGGAAGAGUUUUAGUCAUAGAACAUCCUUUAUUAAUCAUCAGAAGAUUCAUUCUGGAGAGAAACCCUAUGAAUGCAACGAAUGUGGAAAAGCUUUUAGCAAUAACUCAAGUCUUUGGAAUCAUCACAGAAUUCAUACAGGAGAGAAACCCUUUGAAUGCAGUGAAUGUGGGAAAGCCUUCAGUCAGAGGGGACAUCUUACUGAACAUCAGAAAAUUCAUACCGGAGAGAAACCCUUUGAGUGUAAUGAAUGUGGUAAACACUUCAGCCAUAAAACAUCCUUUAUCAAUCAUCACAGAAUUCAUACUGGAGAGAAACCUUAUGAAUGCAAUGAAUGUGGAAAAACCUUUAGAAGUAAUUCAGUCCUCAGGGAUCAUGAAAGAAUACACACUGGAGAGAAACCCUUUGAGUGUAACGAAUGUGGAAAAGCUUUCCGGCAGAGGGGCCACCUUGCUGAACAUAGGAGAAUUCAUACUGGAAAGAAACCCUUUGAAUGUAAGGAAUGUGGGAAAGCAUUUAGCACCAGCUCAACACUUAGGAAACACCUUUGUAAGCAUCUUUCUAAACUUUAAAGCAUUAGUCAUGACUUAUUUGAAAGUGAAUUUUAAAGGGAAAUUCUGUCAUUCGACCAGGGGAUAACGCUGGCAUGUGCUCCAAAACUUAUCAGAGAUCAGAGACUUUAUGCUGGACAUUAACUAGGGAUGUAAUGAAGUAGGGAAAAGCUGUGACUUUUCAUUACUAUGUACUGGAGAAUCAAUAGGUCAGUUUGACAGUAGAUACAAAGUGGUUUGGUAUUUUACUAGAUCGAAAUAACUUUUUUCUUCCUUUAUGCAUCCAAUAAUACAUGUUAAUUGCCAUCAGGCAGCAGGAACAAUGUUAGUCAAUUGAGCAAUUUAUGCUGGUUCUAAACUAAAUGCUUAAAAUGCAAGAUUUCCAAAAGAAUUUCUUUAAUAAAAGCACUAAAAUGUUCUUUAGUGAAAAAAAAUAAUUUGAAUACCUUUGAAAAGAUUGAAAGUGGAAAAGUUGCCCGAGAUAAAUGAAAAUAACAUGAAACAUCUUGUUCUGGAAGUUUCUCUAAAGAUUUAUGUUGAUUUAUCUUGGAUAUGAAUGGGUGCAAUUUAUAGCUGCUAUAUUUUGGUCUGGGGUAGAACUAGAGAAUGUCAUAGCUGGAAGACCCUCCAAAUUCAUUUAAUUCUACUUUCCUAUUUUAUGGAAGGGAAUAAUGUAGAUCAGGAAAAGAAGAAUAAGGAUGAAAUUCCAUUUAAAAAUUUUUCAAUUUCUUAUUGCAAAAGCACAUGAGAAAUUCCCACAUGGUGGGAAAAAGCAUAGACUCUUUGGAGAGAAUUGACACUAAAAACAAGGUACAGAUGGAAAGAGCUGGUGACAUAACUUGUGUAGCUGCCUUUUCCCCAUGGUUGUGACUAGCCUUAUUAGACUCUCGCAUAAAAGGAACAGCAAGUUAAAUUCUUCACAGGCCCCAAGAUAGUUUAGAUUACCGAUAUGUCGAUAUAGACAUAUCAGGGUGAUACAGAUUCCAGAUGUGGAAGCAAAGUCUUUAUGACCCCUUAGGUGCCUCUGACGCCUCCUGAAAUAAUAGCAUCAUACUAAUUGAAGCUGGAAAACCCCUACACAUGGUAUAUUUCAAACCUCUCACUUUAUAGCUGAAGCUGCUUCGGCCUAGGUAAGGCAGAUGACUUGCCAAAGACAGACCAGUAAGUGGCCAAGGUCAGAUCCAGAUGUGCUUUUUCCUCCCCAGAGCCCUCCUCCGCUGCUUUGUAGAGCCUUUAAGAGUGCUGAGCUGCAGUCUCCCCCAAGUGGGGAGUGGCUGUUUGACCAUGGGCAUGUCACUCACCCUCUCAGACCCUGUUUGCUUCUAUCAGUGGGAGAAUACCUGCAGUACCAAUUUCUCACGAUGGUUGUGGGGCUUCAGUGAGGUCAUAGAUGUAGGAUGCUUUGCAAAAAUAAGAUCUGUUAGUUAUUGUUAUAACCCAUAUUCGCUUGCUCUCAUAUUCACUCCAGAGACACAAAUAAACCGUUUGAUCCAGUUUUCUUUGUCUUUUGUUCCACCUAAUCACAGCAACAGAUGUCCCCCUCCCCCUUUGAAGGGUUCCUGGCCCAAGCUAAGAUCUGAUUCUCUCUCCAUGUGAAUUUGACUGACAGAUUCAGCAGUAUGCCUGUUUUCACUGUCAAUCAACAUCUGGCAUAAUUGUGGGGAGAUUAGUUGAGAUGGUCUGAACCUGUAACGGCUUUGUGAAAUUCACAUAAGGCUAAUAAGAAUGGAGGAGGACCACAUGCUUUUAUUAAGCUUUUGGAUCCUGCUGCUGAUCCUGGUUCCCAAACUGGCCAGGAAUGGAGUCUUAUGGAAGGCAGUCUCUCAUCCUUUUAAAGUUUUCUACUUGUAAUGUAUUGACCAAUAAGAAAAAUUCAAAGAUAGAAAGCUCUUUUCCAGCAGAUUUUUUGAAAAUCUUGCACCUGGGCAUUAGGGCAUAAUGCUUCCAUGUUUCUUUGUCGCAUUCUUCAGCCAGCUGCAGAGCCUUUGCACUACACAGAAAUCCAAAAGGUCAAGAAGAAUGGAGGUCCUUAAAGCCAUGAACUUUAAUUUUAUAUUUCCAUCCUCAGCAGCAGUCCUUUGCCAUCAUUUUUCUCCUCAUCCCAAACUUCUCUUUAGACACUCAAUUGUGCCUUUAAGAGAUUGUCCCUGUCCUGGUUCUUAAUCAUUACAAUUUUUCUGCCUUUUGGAUGCUGUGUUGUAAUUUCACUGUUAUCACAAGUUUCUUUCUGUUGAAAUUGUUAAUGAUCCAUUCCCAUUGACCAGCAAUGAAUUAUACAGAAACACGGGCAUUGCAACUUUAUUCACUUAAAAGUGAAACAAAUAGCAAAUGAAUUGGAAAAUGUCUUUCACAAAUUAACUAUAUGCCAUUCUUUACAUGAGACAUGAGUACAUAGUAUAAAGCAUCUGUUACAUGAAGGUGUACUUGUUAAAGGGAUUGUUUAUCAUGCGCUGGAAAAAUCAAGAAUGUUUGUUAAAACAUAACUAUAUGAAAUAAAGGGGAUUAUAUAUUAAGACAUGCAGUGAAGUGGAAAUUGCUUGAAAACAAUUGAAAUCCUUGAAUCAGUUACAGGCAGUUAAAAAAAUAAGCAGGAAGUCAGCUGCUGUAAACCAAUUUCUGUCUUUUUUUUUAAGAGAAGUCAGUAUGCACUGGAUCAUUCCUAGCAAAUGGGAAAAUUGAAUGAAGUCGGACAAUCCACUUUUGACAAUUUACUAUUAACGCUAUACCUUCUCAUACCAUAUUUUCUUCCUCUUCAUUUAUCUUUAAAUUCUGUCUUCAGCAGACCUCAUUGUGUUCUUUUAGAUUGAUUGGGUAUUCAUAUCCUUAUCCUGUUAAUGCAUUUUUACCUUCAUCUGACUGGAUUAUUUCAUUACCCUCUUCAUUUUCCUUCCCUUUUCACAUGUAUUCAUAACAUGUUUGACACUCUUUGCAAAAGUUUUGUUUUCCAUGAACCCUCAGGGGUGUCAGCUCUUCUGACUAUUCCCUAUCUCUCUAGUCAGCACACUAGCUUUAUUUUUUAAAAAACAAGCAACAUUUACACCUCACAUUAAUAAGUCAUGUCCUCCUAUUUGAGGAUGACACUGUCACGGCUGUCACGGCAUUGUAUCAAUAGUGAAAUAUUGUGGGAUCUGCUAACUUAGAUUCAUAAUCACUCAAAAGAAUAUGGUAUAAUAAUCAAGAGGAAAAAAAGUGAAUCAAAUAGGAUGACAGCCUGUGGUAUGGACAGUCAACUCGUCUAGCCAUCCUAAAGGCUUCAAGUCCAGGCAAUGGUCCAGGUUCACAAUUGAAUAGGACAAAAGUGGGCUGGGUUAUUGGUUUAAAGUUUCAUAAUUCUUUUCUGACUCUUAAGCUUUUCUCUAAAAUGAAGAACUUGAUUUCUCCCAUUACCACCCCCCACACACACUCCCCAUCCCACUCCCUCCCUUCUUAUCAUCAAGAUCCUUCUGAGGCUGGUUUGAGUCAUGGAACACCAGCAAUGGGAAGGUUCCUCAUUAGUGCAAGCAAGCUACUGCAACAUCCAAACAAGAAAUCAUGCAGGAACAAAUAAAUGCAUAAAGAACGCUACAAUUAGACAAUCAAAAAUAAGAGGAUUAGUCACAGAGCAAGGGACACCUCGUGGACAGGAAUUAACUGAUAGGACAUGGAAGGUGUGGGGUCUGAAACAAUGAAUUAAAAGCCUGGGUGACUAGCAGAAGUGAUGUGAAGGGAUGAAGACGACCUGAAACUAGAUGGAAAAUGAGAUGAUUAUUCCAUUGAUCUCUUUAAAGAAAGGAUGGUGAAGGAGCUUUUUGUAUCCCUCCUGCUCCCUUCCUAUUCUCUAGUCUAGUUCUUGUCUCUAGACAAUAACAAUGAGAUACCAAACUUUAAGGGAAUGCAGCCAAAGCAAUCCCAAAGGGAAAUUUUAUAUCUCUAAACACUUUCAGGAAUAAAACAGAAAAACAGCAGCUAAACAAUUGGGUGGACAGUUAAAAAACUAAAAAGACAAAUACAUUAAAAACUCUCAAACAUCAAAAUAGAAAUCCUAAAAAAACCAAGAGUGAGAAAAUCAAAAGCAAAACUAGCAGCUUACUAGUAAAAAUAAAUAGAUAAAUCAUUAGCGAAUUUGAUUUUUAAAAACUAAAUUAGCUCUUCCAAAAAUGGAAAAGCUACUCAUAAUCAUUGAAAAAGAAACAAAACUUAUGAGCUAUUUGCCCAAUUAUAUGCCAAGAAAACAGAGUCUAAGUGAAAUGUAAGAAUAUAUACAAUAAUAUAAAAUGUCAACAUUAACAAGAAAUAAAGGGUUUUUUAAAAGUUGAACAAGCCAUAAAUUAAUUCCUGAAGUAAAAGCCCCCAAAGCCAGAUGGAUUAUCAGAGUGAAUUGUAUUAAAGGGUUGAAAUUCCAAUACUAUAUUUAUUUGUGUGAGGCUGUGCGUCAUGGCAAGAGGAGGUCCCAGAGCCAUACUGGGACAAUCCCAGAACCAUACUAGGGUAUCACACUGGGAAUAUUUACAACUUGUAGCUUUGUUGCCUACCUCCUAAGUUGAAGAUCAAAGAUCAAGGGAGGACUGAGAAAGGCACCUGCAUUCAUGGUGACAUUCCCAGCUAAGGAGGCCCUGGGCUGUGCAUUGAGAAGGGAGUAAAUUUUGGAAUAAGGAGAAGGGGAAAAGCUUGAAACAGUCACAGAGAAGGGUCUUAGCACCAGAAUCUAGUCCCUCCAAAGAAGACUAGGAAUCCCACACCAAAAAAGACCUAUAAUAUACUCACUUGGAACCAAAGGAGCUAAUAAAUGGAGCUCAAUCUAUUGCUUAGAUCCAAACCUAGGAAUUAGCAAAGUACAAUCCAAGAGGACAAGAAUCAGGUUUUGUCCUAGAACAGAGCAUUCAAAUUCCCAGCCUGUCCCUGAAAUCCUAGAAUAAUAAAAUACUCCGUACCCCAAGAAAGCAGCAAGAGGAUCAGUCCAGACUUUCCCAAGCCCUACCAUCAAAUCAGAAGUCAGAAAGUAGGUUGGGAGAAUAAGCAAACAAAAAAACAAUCCCACUGUAAAGAGUUGUUAUGUUGGCAGGGAAAGUCAAGACAAACUCAAACUCUAAAGAAUGAUUCCAAAAUAACUUCAAUCAUUGCCUUAGAGAGAGAAAAAAGUACCAAAACUUGGACUAUCUUGGCCCUUUAGUUCUAGUCAUCUCAACUGUGGGCAUCUCUCUCUCCUCUCCUCUCCAACCUGAUCCCUGAGUGACUUUAACUCUACCUCAAGCUGCCCUCUCAAAUCCCCAGCUCCUCAUGUUACUGAUUAUAUUCUGCCAAGCCUCAGACUUGGAUCUCUCCACCAUUCGCCCCCUUUGGGGUUUGGGGACUGUCAGGGCCUGAAUUAUCAGAUACAUAUUUGAUGCUCAACGUUAUUGGCGCCAAAUAUGGGACAAAGUCUGUGACUCCGAUGGUCCCCAAGGUAAGCCUUCCCCUACCCCAUCCCCCAACCUCCUCACUUUAGCUGGUGUCCCACAAUCACCUAGGAAAGUACACCUGGGAAAGCCCCAGUGCAUGGGGGCCCUCUGCUCAGCAAUCUCCCUCUAGACUCAGGACCCAUUUGGGCAACUUGGCAGUGAGUCUCUCCGCUACCUAUUUCUCUCUCCAUAGGACGCCAAAUGACAAGGUGAGUGGUUGGAGUGAGGAUUUUUUUUUUUAGGCUCACAAGACUUUAUUAUUUUUUUUUAUUUAAAUUUUAUUUUAUUUAAUAAUAACUUUGUAUUGACAGAAUCCAUGCCAGGGUAAUUUUUUACAACAUUAUCCCUUGCACUCGCUUAUGUUUCGUUUUUUCCCCUCCCUCCCUCCACCCCCCCCCAAGAUGGCAAGCAGUCCUAUAUAUGUUAAAUAUGUUGCAGUAUAUCCUAGAUACGAUACAUAUUUGCAGAACCGAACAGUUCUCCCGCAGCACAGGGAGAAUUGGAUUCAGAAGGUAAAAAUAACUCGGGAAGAAAAACAAAAAUGCAGAUAGUUCACAUUCGUUUCCCAGUGUUCUUUCUUUGGGUGUAGCUGCUUUUGUCCGUCAUUUAUCCAUUGAAACUCAGUUAAGUCUCUUUGUCAUAGAAAUCCACUUCCAUCAGAAUACAUCCUCAUACAAUAUCGUUGUCGAAGUGUAUAAUCAUCUCCUGGUUCUGCUCACUUCACUCAGCAUCAGUCCAUGUAGGUCUCUCCAAGCCUCUCUGUAUUCAUCCUGCUGGUCAUUCCUUACAGAGCAAUAAUAUUCCAUAACAUUCAUAUACCACAAUUUACCCAGCCAUUCUCCAAUUGAUGGGCAUCCAUUCAUUUUCCAGUUUCUAGCCACUACAAACAGGGCUGCUACAAACAUUUUGGCACAUACAGGUCCCUUUCCCUUUUUUAGUAUCUCUUUGGGAUAUAAGCCCAGAAGUAGCAGUGCUGGAUCAAAGGGUAUGCACAGUUUGAUAAUUUUUUGGGCAUAAUUCCAGAUUGCUCUCCAGAAUGGUUGGAUUCGUUCACAGUUCCACCAACAAUGCAUCAGUGUCCCCGUUUUCCCACAUCCCCUCCAACAUUCAUCAUUAUUUUUUCCUGUCAUCUUAGCCAAUCUGACAGGUGUGUAGUGGUAUCUCAGAGUUGUCUUAAUUUGCAUUUCUCUGAUCAAUAGUGAUUUGGAACACUCUUUCAUAUGAGUGAUAAUAGUUUCAAUUUCAUCAUCUGAAAAUUGUCUGUUCAUAUCCUUUGACCAUUUAUCAAUUGGAGAAUGGCUUGGGCUCACAAGACUUUAAAAAGAGAUUCUCUGCCCUCCCUUCUCUACCUGCAGCUGAGUGGAUGGAAGAGAAAGAGAAAAUGUACCCAAUGCAUCCUAUUUGAGAUAGGAUGAUAAAAGCAUGUUGCCUUGAAAUUUUUAAGAAAUACACUUAAGAGAAAGUUAUCUUGAAAUAUUUAAAAUGCAGCCAAGCCAGAAAAACUUCUAAGGGCUGUGGUCAGAACACUGAAAAAGAUUUAUUAACUUUACUACCUCCCAUUAAGCUUUCCAUGAGAGAUUAGUGGAAAACUAAAGGUGCUAGCUAAAUUAGGGUUAUAGAAAUAAGUUGGAUAAUUAGUAAGUUUGAAGGUACCACUCUGCAGAAUUUUUUUAAGAGAAAAUAAGGAAUAAGUCAUAUAAAAGGUUUUUUAAAUUUUAAAAAGUCAUUGAGAAGAUUAAUAGCUUCAUUGUUUUAGGGCAGUGAAGGAAAGUUAGUUGGCAGAGAGCCCAGAAAUGAAGGAGGAGGUAAAUAGCAACCUCUUAUUAACUCUUCCUUGACUUCCUAUUUUGUCCUAAAGUCCCUUUCUACACCAUCAGGAAAAGAAAGUAUG